UCUUAACCCUCAUUGCCCCCCACCCCCCCAAAAAUGUAGGCUUCUGUGCCAGGGAGUUUCUAUUUCUUUAUUUCUGGUCCCCAUGGCCUUGCAGAACCUGGCUGCUGCCAGUGCUACCUCCUCCUCUAAGGGGGCCAAGCCUGGGGUGGGCGUGGCCUGCGGAUCUGUGGGCAAGAAGUUACAGCAGGAAUUGAUGACCCUAAUGAUGUCUGGAGACAAAGGAAUUUCUGCCUUCCCAGAGUCAGACAAUCUCUUCAAAUGGGUUGGGACUAUCCAUGGGGUUGCUGGGACAGUAUAUGAAGACCUGAAGUACAAGCUCUCCCUGGAAUUCUCCAGUGGCUACCCAUAUAAUUCUUCCAUUGUGAAAUUUGUCAUACCUUGUUACCAUCCUAAUGUGGACACCCAAGGCAAUAUCUGUUUGGACAUCCUCAAGGACAAGUGGUCAGCUCUCUAUGAUGUCAGGACCAUUCUACUAUCUAUCCAGAGACCGUUGGGAGAACCCAACAUUGACAGCCCAUUGAAAACACACGCUACUGAACUUUAGACAAACCCCACAGCCUUUAAAAAGUACCUCCUGGUAACCUACAUGAAGCAGGUGAUUAGCCAGGAGACCUGACCAUGGCUACUCAGCCUAUCUUCCUUUCAUUUUGUGUAUAUGUGUAUGUGUGUGUGUGCAUCUUUUCCCCCUCCUCCUAACAUGUCUUCUCUCUUCUGUACAGGGCUGUAUCAUACUGUUUUCCUUUUUCUUUAAACUCUAGUCUAGCCUUCAACAUUAAUGUAUAAAUAAAUUUGUUUCAUUUUGUUUUGAAUUAUCUUUAAUAGCUAAUAACAAUAUAACAUUAACCAUGGCUUAAUUACACUGUCAUUAUAGUACAUUUUUGUUGUAAUGGUUAUCUGAUUAAACCAGC